AUGGCACAGGCGCUGCAACGCCGCCGCGCAGACCCAUCUCAGCUCCAGCUCGUCACCGCCCACCGCACAGCAUCCACGCCUCCCCGCGCACUUGCCCUCGGCCUCGCCUCCGCGCGCCGCCGCUCGCCCUGCUCCACGCUCGUCCCGGCCUCGCCUCGCCUGCGCCAUCUCCCCUCCCCCUCCCCCGCCUCGCCUUCCCCGCGAUCGUCCUGCCGCGGCCGGCCUUCGUACGGCACCUCCAUAGACCAUAGCCAAGGAAGGAAUCCAGCCCGCAUGGUGCUCUCGGCCGUCCUGCUCGCGGCAGGCAUCACGCUGAUGCUCGUCGUGCACAUCCUCGUGGUCCUCUGGGUGCUGAGGCGGGGCAUGACCGCCCGCGUCGCCGAGCACGCGGAGGAAGAAGACGCAGGCCUUACCGCCGAAGGGCUCGGCGAGCUGCCAUGCCACGACUUCAAGGAAGGCGGCCCCGGCGAGUGCGCGGUGUGCCUGGAGGCGUUCAUGGCCGGCGACCGCUGCAUGGUGCUGCCGCGGUGCGAGCACGGGUUCCACGCCGAGUGCGUCAGCUCGUGGCUGCGCAAGAGCCGCCUGUGCCCCAUCUGCCGCACCGAGGUGGCCGGCGCGGUGGCCGGCGAGGUCGUCGUGGAGGUCGCUGCUGCCUGAUGGCCGUCGUUGGGUAGUUGGAUGCAGUGUUUGCAGGUGUUUGGCAGGUUCUCUUCUGUACUGUGUACAACGUUUCUGCAUUUGUUAUGUAUAUAGCCAUCUUGUUGAUUUAGAUGCUCUUGCGAGGAUUUCUGACUGAACAUCGUGGCGAAUCACGAGGCCACGCUCAAGGCCUGUCUGUGCAUAGUUUGGUGCUGUUUAUCAGCCGCACCACUGAAGAUUUCUCGUUUGAUCU